UCGAGUGGUGCACCCCACCUGCUGCCAGGCCAGCUCGGGCGGUGUCAGCUGCACUUCGGAGGAGUGGCGAGGCGAGGCCCAGCCUUCCUGGGUGCGGCGCCUGGGCUCUCCCCAUCUUCCCCUCCCUACGGAGCUUGGUGGUGGCGACCCGUUGGAGUUCCGGUUCCGGUUGCUAUAGCCGCGGGCGGGCGGUGAGUCUGGAGCAGGCGUGCAGUUGGUGCUCUGGCUCUGCGCCUUCCCCCCCGGCGCGUCUAGGUCUUGCUGCAGCUCGGGGGUGCUGCGCUGCCCCUGACUCCCCUCCGGGCGAUGGUGCGGCCUGAGGACGCUUCCAUCCCCCACCGACGCUGACUCGGGUCCCCCCAAUCCAUGGCCGCCUCGGCGCCGCCCCCACCGGACAAGCUGGAGGGAGGCAGCGGCCCCGCACCGCCCCCCGCGCCGCCCAGCACCGGGAGGAAGCAGGGCAAGGCCGGUCUGCAAAUGAAGAGCCCCGAAAAGAAACGAAGGAAGUCCAACACUCAGGGUCCUGCAUACUCACAUCUGACAGAGUUUGCGCCACCCCCAACUCCCAUGGUGGAUCAUCUGGUGGCUUCCAACCCUUUUGAGGAUGACUUCGGAGCCCCUAAGGUGGGGGGUGCAGGCCCUCCCUUCCUUGGCAGUCCUGUGCCCUUUGGAGGCUUUCGCGUACAGGGGGGCAUGGCAGGCCAGGUACCCCCAGGCUAUGGCACUGGAGGAGGAGGGGGGCCCCAGCCACUUCGCCGACAGCCGCCUCCUUUCCCUCCCAACCCUAUGGGCCCAGCUUUUAACAUGCCUCCUCAGGGCCCUGGCUACCCACCCCCAGGCAACAUGAACUUCCCCGGUCAACCUUUCAACCAGUCUCUGGGCCAAAACUUUAGCCCACCUGGUGGGCAGAUGAUGCCGGGCCCCGUGGGGGGAUUUGGUCCCAUGAUCUCCCCCACCAUGGGCCAGCCUCCUAGAGGCGAGCUGGGUCCUCCUCCUCUCCCGCAACGCUUUGCCCAACCAGGAGCGCCUUUUGGUCCUUCUCUUCAGAGACCUGGUCAGGGACUCCCCAGCCUGCCUCCCAACACAAGUCCCUUCCCUGGCCCAGACCCUGGUUUUCCUGGCCCUGGUGGUGAGGAUGGGGGAAAGCCCUUGAACCCACCUGCUCCCACUGCUUUUCCCCAGGAGCCGCACUCCGGCUCCCCUGCUGCAGCUGUUAAUGGGAACCAACCUAGUUUUCCCCCGAGCAGCAGUGGUCGAGGUGGAGGCACUCCAGAUGCCAACAGUCUGGCCCCUCCUGGUAAGGCAGGCGGAGGCUCGGGGCCCCAGCCUCCCCCGGGCCUGGUGUACCCUUGUGGUGCCUGUCGGAGUGAGGUGAACGAUGACCAGGAUGCCAUUCUGUGCGAGGCCUCUUGCCAGAAGUGGUUUCACCGGGAGUGCACUGGGAUGACCGAGAGCGCCUACGGGCUGCUAACCACCGAGGCCUCUGCGGUCUGGGCCUGCGAUCUCUGCCUCAAGACCAAAGAGAUCCAGUCCGUCUACAUCCGAGAGGGCAUGGGGCAGUUGGUGGCUGCUAACGACGGGUGACUCCAAUGCAGUGGCUUGGGGAAGUGCACAUUUCUCACCGUGUUCCUCGUUUUCCACUGGCUUCCCAUCCCCAUGGAGCAGAAACACGGUUCCCGGAAGCAGAAGCGGAACUGAGGCGUGCAGGCAGAAGAGCCUAGAUGGCUGUUUUUUCCUGGGGACUUGGUGCAUCGAGACCUUGGGAGAUCAGGACGCUGAAGCAAUGCUGAGCAGAGCCGAUCCUAGAGUCCAGCUGGAGGCGACCGGAGAACAGGGGCUGGAGGAAGUUCCAGGUGGCAAGAAUGUCCUGUGCGCAGAUGACAUGAGCCUAGCACCCGUGCCUACGAUACCUGUCCUGUGUAGCCCCACGGCUCCGGCUGUAGAUUUUGGAGUCACGUGUUCAAGGUUUCUUCACUCCCUUUUAUGGGUUCUGGAUUUCUCUCUCUCUCUUCUCUCUCCCUUUGCUUCCCCUGGACUCUCCUUAUUCCUUUCUCCUCAGAGCGCCAAAUUCCUUAGAAGAAGCAGAGGUCCUGACGAGGGCAGUUGCUUGUCUAGGGGUCAAGACUGUAGACAAAAGAUGCUGAGGAGACACCGUCCUCACACCAAAGUCACUGGUCCUUUCUCCGCUUCUCUUGGGCUUUUCUCUUCAGUGACCAUAUUUUUGCCAAAAGUUGGGAUGUGUGGUUUGACUGACCAGAAUAUUGGAAGUUUGGCUCCCCUGGAAGUCUGGACUGGAGACGUACCCCCUCUCCCCGCACAUUACGACAGUGCUGUUCUUCAGCUCUUGGUACCCUCUUUUCCUCUCUCAGGAGAAAGUCUGGAAAGGCGUAAAGCCCUUAUACCUCAUUCCUUCCCUGACGAAAGGAUCCAAGUGAGGCCCUGCUGUGGCUUUGUGGGAUGGGGCUGGGCAGCAGGAUCCUCAAAGCCAUGGUGGUACUAAUAGCUAAGAGAACCCGGAUUUUCCUGCUUUGCCCUUUUUCAUCCUGUGCUAUCGUCUGGGCCUGGUGAUACAGCAACUAGGGUUGGUUUAUUUUGAUUUUUGUAGCAUUCUCCACCAGUGAUGGGACUGAGGCCUGGCCAGGAGCCCUCUCAGCUUCUCUUACCUCUUUGCAGCUAGCCCAUGUGCCGGUUCCUCAUAUGCGUGAGGACAGCAAGCUUGGGUGUGGCCCUCUGGGGGGAGAGCUCGGUGCCUGGCACUAGGCAUGGUAACCCUAGGUAAGCCCUCGAGGUCCUGCCCCACUUCUCACGUUCCCCCGCACAUGGAAAGAGAAGACACUGGUGGAGUUGACAGCCUUUGAAGCUGAAGAGGAAGCGGGUGACCUGCUUCUUACUCUGCCCCCCAACUCCUAAACUUCUAUGUGCCGGCCUCUGCUCCUCCUUGUGUUGUGUUCUGUUUGCCUCUGUUACCUGUUGUUACUUUUGUAUUGUCUCCAUGGUUUGUAAACAGCUCCUGGGAGGUUCCGUUCCCCCUGGUCCUCUCUACUACUUUUUGGAAGAAAGUGGGUUGGCAGAGAUGUGGUUACAGGAUCUUUUUUAUAUGGUUGGACUAAUAAAAUGACUUGAAAAUCCAAA